AUGUCCGUUUCGUUUGGAAGAACUAUCAAGAACAUAUGGAAGUCCGGCUGGGCGCGCUACGCCAAACAGAUGAACACCAUCGGUGACGCCCGUGCUGGUACCCUAGUUGGUGUUGAUGACUAUGGUAACGAGUACUACGAAUCUCAUGACCCUGUUGAUAUCCAUCUGAGAUCCAGAUGGGUUGAGUAUAAAGAUACCAAAUUCUACGAUGUUUCUCAGUUGGAGCCUGGCUGGCACUACUGGUUGGGCUAUGGUACCAACACGCCUCCAAACAAGCUUGAAGGGGAGGAGAAGACGGAAAGGGCAUACACACCACCGGCGGUGCAUGCUACAAAUUUAACAGGAACCACUGGGUGCUACGUGCCAUACAACACUGCAAAGCCGAAGUUUGAGCAGUGGGAGCCAAAGGUUGCCGAGAGAGCCCAAGCCUAG